AUGUCCAUCUGGGACUCCCUCAGCGGCCGCAAGCAAACUGUGCCCGAUGCCUUCGACCCUUCAACCGCGCAAGAUGCCACAUCCUUCCUCUCUGAGGUCGCUAUCCCCGAUCCCUCUCGCCUCCACCCCCUGGCUGGUCUGAACCAGGAUACCCUCGACUACCUCUCCCUUGACGACUCCGCCCUUGACCAACUCCCCGGCUCCCGAUCGGUGUUGCCAUCCCGUGGAUGGUCAGACGACCUUUGUUAUGGUGCCGGCACUACCUACCUUGUUGCACUCACUACUGGAGGCGCAUGGGGGCUUGUAGAAGGAUUGAAAAAGACACCAGCUACGGCAGCACCGAAAAUUCGUCUUAACAGUGUGCUCAACUCGGUUACCCGUCGCGGUCCAUUCCUCGGAAACUCGGCCGGUGUUGUGGCUAUGGUUUACAACGGGUUCAACUCGGGCCUCGGAUAUGUGCGCGGCAAGCAUGACGCGUCUAACAGCAUCGUCGCCGGCGCUUUGAGCGGCAUGGUCUUCAAGAGCACACGCGGACUUAAGCCUAUGAUGAUCUCUGGCGGCAUUGUGGCUUCCAUUGCUGGUGCCUGGGCUGUGACACGAAAGGCCUUCUUCUAG